CGGGGGAGGGGCGGGCCGGCGCUCGGCGGCGGGUCCCCCGCUACCUGUGUGGCCCUCGACCUGGCUCGGACCCCCAGGCGGGCUCCGGGGCGCUUUGCGAGGCUGUGGAGGAAAGCUGUGAAAGGAGUGAGUGUGAGGCUCUGCCCUCGCCGCCUGUGCACGGCGGGGGUCGCGCCGCUCCUCGUUUCUUUAAUUCCCGGCAGACGGCGAACGGGCCGGCGUUGCGGGGCAGGUGCGGAGUUGUGGAUGGAGACGCGCCGGGGCAGAGACUAUGUGAUCGCGUCGGUGUCUGGGUAGAGGACUUCGCUUCGGGGAGGGAAGAGGAGGGAUCGGCGCGCUCCUCCGCGGCGGCGACUCGGCAGGCGGAGUUUCGCGGCUGCCGCACCAAGGUUGCGCCAGCCCGCCGAGAGGUCGCUCCAACCAGCCUCGGCGGCCGCGCGAGCCCCAGUGUCCAAGCCGGCCGGGGCGAGGGGAGAGCGAGCGCGGCGCCGCGCCGGGCGGCGUCCAGGCGGCAUGGAGAAGGACGGCCUGAGCCGCGCCGACCAGCAGUACGAAUGCGUGGCGGAGAUCGGGGAGGGCGCUUAUGGGAAGGUGUUCAAGGCCCGUGACCUGAAGAACGGAGGCCGGUUCGUGGCUCUGAAGCGCGUGCGGGUGCAGACCGGCGAGGAGGGCAUGCCGCUCUCCACUAUCCGCGAGGUGGCGGUGCUGAGGCACCUGGAGACCUUCGAGCACCCCAACGUGGUCAGGUUGUUUGAUGUGUGCACAGUGUCUCGGACAGAUAGAGAGACAAAACUAACACUAGUGUUCGAACAUGUUGAUCAAGACCUGACCACUUACUUGGACAAAGUUCCCGAGCCUGGAGUGCCCACGGAAACCAUAAAGGAUAUGAUGUUUCAGCUUCUUCGAGGUCUGGACUUCCUUCAUUCUCACCGAGUGGUGCAUCGUGAUCUAAAACCACAGAACAUUCUGGUGACCAGCAGUGGACAAAUAAAGCUGGCUGACUUUGGCCUUGCCCGCAUCUAUAGUUUUCAGAUGGCUCUUACUUCAGUGGUUGUCACACUGUGGUACCGCGCUCCCGAAGUCUUGCUGCAGUCCAGCUACGCCACCCCCGUGGAUCUCUGGAGUGUCGGCUGCAUAUUUGCAGAAAUGUUUCGUAGAAAGCCUCUUUUUCGUGGAAGUUCAGAUGUGGAUCAACUAGGAAAAAUCUUGGAUGUAAUUGGACUCCCAGGAGAAGAGGACUGGCCUAGAGAUGUGGCCCUUCCCAGGCAGGCUUUUCAUUCCAAACCUGCCCAGCCCAUUGAGAAGUUUGUAACAGAUAUUGACGAGCUAGGCAAAGACCUACUUCUGAAGUGCUUGACAUUUAAUCCAGCCAAGAGAAUAUCCGCCUACAGUGCCCUGUCUCACCCGUACUUCCAAGACCUGGAGAGGUGCAAGGAGAACCUGGAUUCCCCCCUGCCACCCAGCCAGAACGCCUCAGAGCUGAACACAGCCUGAGGUCUCCGGGCUGCCUUGAGCUGGUCAUCUGGAGCCCUUGGGCGGCUGCAGGGUCCCCUGUGCAGGCCCUGCAGAGCUGCUGCGCCUCGCUGGCUAGAGGCUUCCAGCUGCCAUCUUUGCACGGGCUCUGCUUCUCCAAGGAAACCGCCUCGUUUACUGUUUUGAAAUCAAUGCAAGAGUGAUUGCAGCUUUAUGUUCCUUCGUUUGUUUGUUUGUCUGUUUGUUUCAAGAACCUGGAAAAAUUCCAGAAGAAGAGAAGCUGCUGACCAAUUGUGCUGCCAUUUCAUUUUUCUAACCUUGAAUGCUGCCAGUGUAAAGUGGGUAAUCCAGGCACAGCUGAGUUAUGAUGUAAUCUCCCUGCAGCUGCCGGGCCUGAUUUGGUACUUGGGAGUGUGUGAGUGUGUGUGGUGUGUGUGUGUGUGUGUGUAUGUGCGGUGAGGGAGAUUCUCUGAUCUCUUAAAGUGUUACUUUUUGUAAAUAACGAGAAGAAUUGAAUUUUAAAGACCCACAGUGACCCUAAAUAACAGGCGCUUGUUCACUAAGCGUGCUGUGCUCAAGUGAGAAAGUUGAAUCUAUGUCCUCAGCAUUUCGUUUCUGGUCAGAAACAGUAAAUUUGCUAGCAAUAAAAGAUGGAAGUUUCAGACACAACAAAAAGGAAAACAUUCUAAUAUCUUUUAAGAGACCUCUUUUUUAAAGCAUGCAUCCUAUUUGCUCUUCUCACAGCUGAAUAUACUUGUUUGAAGUCUGUUUGAACCUUCUGUAUAGUGUGUUGCUUUGGGAAAAUACCUGUAAGCUUUUUGUGACUCGCUAUAGAUUUAGGGAGUGUACCUCAAGUAGGUUAAAAAUCACAAAUAGAGAUAGCUUUUAUUUUCUGGUUUGAAAUGUCAUUAUUUCCUUCUUGGUUUUUUUGUUAUUUUGUUUGUGUUAAGCAUUUUUUUCAGAAACUGUUUCCUGUCUCGGUUUGGAGAGUUGGUCUCUCUGGCUAAAGACAGGAAAGGCAUUUAAAUUGUCUUUACUAUUACACUGUACUUUUUACCACGCACUGCCUGGUUUGCAAAGUGCCUAUCUUUCUGUCCGCUGGCUCCUCUGAUAAACACUGCUACAAUUACAUAACUAACAACAGAUUGUUGAAGCUGUUCCACACACCACCUGCUUACUUUCUUCCAGUGAAGAUUUCUCUAAUACUGAGUUUCAGGUGAUGAUUUAUGAUCUCAGUUCUGCAGUCCUACCAGUGUCCCGUUUAUCCCCUCCUAACACAGUCCUCCUAGUUCGUAUUCACUGAUGCUCCCUAGGCGACGUGCAGGGUACCCGCUCCUCUGUCCUACUGGCACACCGAUCACUGUACUGUUUCCGAGUUUUCAGUUUUUAUGGACUACAUUGUCAGAGUAGUAUCUGAGGGGGUGUCCUUAACUCUCUUUUAAAGAUGACCUGUUUACUUUCUGAAGGGACCCUUCUCUGCUUGGAGGUUGUUUCAGAUGCUUUGGGCUCGCUCCUGUCCUCUGCAGCGCCAGCCUGACCUGGGCACUGUAGACAGCUUCACCAUUUCUCUGGCAAUCUUCUCUUCGGUCCUUUAUAUUCCGUACCGUCUCUGCCUUACCCAUGGUUUACUGAUGAGCUGGCUCUGGGAACUAGAAGACACAGAAAGUAUCUUUUGGGGACAUUUGACUGCCUGUGAUUUCUGUCUCAGGUUUUGAAUGCCUGUGGGAAACAGCUAGAUGAUACUAGAGAGGAUUUUCAAAGAAUGGCUGGUGCUUUACUCAGCAGAAAGUGUUGUGGGUGAUGACUGUACAUUACCAGUAUUCACUGAAUGCAUCACAGCUUAACAGGACUAUCUUUUUUUAAUGACGAAGAAGAACAAGAAUUUGAAGAAGUGAAUAAUGUAGAUGUUUCUCCUUUAUGGCUUUGGAAGUUGGGAUCUUUUUCCUUUCUAAAAUACUCAGGAUUGGACCCAGGGAAUACUGAGCUACAUCCCCAGCCCAUCACCACCCCCAUCCUUCUUUUAUAUUUAUUUCAUUUUUAGACAGUCUUCACUUGUGAUCUCAAAUUUGUGAUCCUCCUGUCUCAGCUUCCCAAAUAGCUGGUGUUAUAGGUAUAUGACACCAAAUCUGACAGGAACCAUUCUUUUUUAAAUACAUACACUGCUUGACAUUGUUCCAGUUUAGUAGCUUCAGGAAAAAAGAAUUCUUUCAAAAGCAAGGUAAAAAAAAAAGAAGAGCCCCAAGAAGCGGAGUGUGGUGGCACACACCCGUCGUCCCAAUACUGUGAGAUCACAAGACAGGAGGAUCAGAAGUUUGAGUCCAUCUCAGGCCACUUAGUCACGUAGCAAGACCUUGCCUCAGAAGUUAAAAAUAAUUUUUUUUAAAAGCAUUGGGAAUGUAGCUCAAUAUGAAGGCCCUGGGUUCAGUUCCCCAGUACUGCAAGGAACAGAAAAGUACAGGGAAGGAGCAUAGACUGUUUUAUACUUCAUGUGGCGGCGGUGAUUAUGUGUUGCCACCACUGUAAUAGAAUAGUGAAGCCGGAGUGUGAGGUAAGGUACACGCUGGAAAACAAGCCUUUUCAUUCAUCAAAAGGUUCGGAAUACAGGGACACCCACGCGGCGGCUUAGAAAUUGAAAACUCAGUGUGCUGAUUGAUCAUGACCUUUUUGGCUAGUAGCCACGUGUUCAAGGGAACGUAACUUUGAGUUUGUACGUUUUUAAAAGUUUGCUCAGAAAUUCCCUCAAGAAAAGUGCAGCUGUUCUAAACUGGAAUUUUUCAGCCUCCUUAGAAUUGAGUUCAACUUUCAUUUCUAGCAUCUGCUUUGGACCUAUCUCUAGUCAGCGCUUGUAAAGAAUUAAAGCACAAAUGUUCUGGCACUAGCUGCUUGGCACAGUACGCUCUGAUGACACUGAGGAAAGGGCCUCUCACCUCUGAACUUUGUCUUGCCCCAGUUCGCCCCAGAGGUGUUGCCCUUGAGUGCUUACUGUCUUCAUGUGUGUCUUCAACGCCCACGCUAAGGAUGUCUGAAGUCCGGAUCCCACCAAGCAGUCUUACCUUUCUUUAGGACACUGCAAAGUACAGACUUGGUGAAUCCGGCCUACUCCGUGGCAUAUGCUUUCGUGUAUCUUUGCCCAAAGCCAGGUAGUGUUUAACUGUCAGGGUCAUACUGCCCUGGGGCUCAAUUGAAGCAGCUUACUGCAAGCAGAGUCUCAGGACAGAUUUGAAAGCACAUUUGAAUUAUUCUAGGACUAGUGCAAGAAUGCCUGACAGCUUCUCUUUGCGGUUUGGUUCUGGUGGUCAGGGAUUGUGACUGUCGUGUAGUGUGUUUCAGCAACCUUGAUAGAAAAAGCAAAGUAAACCUGUUCUUUUAGUUUAUCAUAAGCUGUCGCAUGACAAAGGCUGAUACUGACCUUCAGAACAAUUCCUGAGAGCUUGUAAGAAGCCAGUGAGUGGGAGCCUCCUACUCUGUCCCUCUUUCAAAAGUACAGGGGGUCAGGGAGCAGAGCAUCUGCUCGAAAUAACACUUGGGGCCAUUUCAGCCCCUGCAGUUCUCAUGGUUUUCUCCCAGGAAGGGCACCGUGAAUGGUAGAUUUUUCAUUUAGCCCCAGGUGGCUUACUAAAAAUAGUUCAAAGUUAUUCACCUAAGAAUACAGUCUCAGCAUGUUAGCUUUAAGGAAGAAUGAGAACGUCAGAAAGUACAGCAUAUCGAUAGCCUCAAACGUUCCUUUGAAUAGAAAAAUGUACACUUUAACUCUGGAAUGUGGUACUACCCAUCUUUGAUAAUCAACAGUACCAGACAUUUUGAACUUCAAAUUAUGUAUGAGUGUUUAAAUUGAUGAUUAUGUAACUGUAGCUGCUUCUUUUAAAAGGUGCCUAUUCACUAAUAGCAAUACUCAUUCUACUUUGGAAAUUCAAUCCUGUCCACUUCCUAAUAUCAUAGACGUAUUAAAAUUCUUCUAUCCAAAGAACUUCUUUUAAGUGAAAACUUGACUAUUUUUAUGAUAAGCACAUGAGAGUAUCUCACAUUUUAUUUUCCAGCGUGCUUUUGUUGUAUACCUGGGUCUAGGAAAGGAUAAUGUUAAAAGUCAAUAUGCCACCAGAAUUCAUGUAUAUAUUCGUAGAAUUUAAAAAACGCAUGUUUGACAUUCUAACGUUAAAAAUAAAGAUGUUGCAUGAUUCUAAA